AUGAUCAACAAGAACCGUGCAAACUUGAUCGAAGGUGGUUUCACCUACAACAAGGACGAAGCAACGACCCUAGCGGCCAGUCAACAGGAAUGUGCCACUCUGGAGGCCAUAAUUGCAAACUUGACCUGCAAGUCUGAAGAAUUGGCAGCUAACUACCAAUCCGUGCUGGAAAAGCUUGACAGGCUAAUGGCUUUGCAAGCCACUGGAGCUGCCAGAGCAGCCUUUGCGUCAACUGGUAAGGACUCACUGAUGGCAUCAAAACAUGCCCCGAAAGCCUUGACAGUUGACAGCAACAGCAACAUCUGCAUCCGAUGCGCUAACUGCAGCACCACCACAAACAACAGCACCAUCACCAUCACCAACAGCACCAUCACCAUCACCAACAGCAACCAAAACAACAGAAACAAAAGCAACAACAGCAAUAAAAAUAAUACCAACAAAAAGAGCAACCCGCAAAACAAGACAGGCAGCAACGAAGUAGCUGGCCAAAUGUCAUAUGCCACACAAGCAAAGAAGGGCAUAGAUGCCAAGCAGGCCAAGCAGAAAGUCCAAGUCCGCAGAGUCCAGGGACAACAACUCCUCCAAAAACCCACUGACCCAUCUGAGUACGAAUUUGUCUACCUCCCGGCCAAAAGAUACGUUAAGUACCAAGAAAUGAGAAAGAUAUUCAGUUCCUUCAAGAUCCCCACUUCCUGCAUUCUUGACAUCCAAUUCCUGGGCAGAGGGAUGGUGGCCCUCCUCAUAAAUGGAGAGUUCCAUGAAGAACUCAUUGCACUGCUUGGAAAAGCCAAGGUUGUCCCACUGGGGAACUUUGAUCUGACCACAGCAGACGUGAUCGCAGAUCCCAAGUUGAAGGAAGAGGCCAUCGAGAUUAGGGCAAGAAAAGCUCAGGACCUAUUUGACGCACGUCUGGUCAAGGCAAGUCUCAGCAUGUCAACAUAUCUUGGUCACAGUGUCAUCCACCAUUUCUCGUCCGAAAAGGCUGUGAGUCCACCAAAACGCCAAUCACCACAACACAUGAAUAGACUGAAGAUCGGUUUAUUUAACGCCAAUGGACUACAGCCCAAAUUGGUGAAUGUGAUAGAUGCUUGUGAGACGAACGAUAUUGAUAUUUUUUUUGUUACAGAGACUUUCCUGCCUAAGAGUGCUCCUGCUCUCCAGUGCCCUUGGACCCAGAUACACAACUUUGCUAUUCCAACGACGUCACCAAAGCCAAUAGAUGGCAUCUCGCUACUUAUAAGGCCAGAUUUUCCUCAUCAUGUACACCCCCUUCUAAUCAUUAACCCCCACGGUGUCUCAUGUAGGAUCGAUCCCUAUACUAUACACUGUAUAUACCUCUCACCACGAUUGACAUCCUCUGAGUGUCAAGAGUGGCUGGCAUUGUUACCCGUCGACGACUUCAUUGUUUGCAGCGACUUCAACACUCGACUACACCACACAACUGGGGACACUCGAGGAGAACCACGAAGUGAAAUUAUGGCAAAGUGGGUUAGAAGUAAGGAUUUAACAUUGCAGAAUUCGGAGUUGGCCUUUGGCCUCCCAACAUACAAGAGAGUCCAUACAUCUGGCAGGGUCUUCAAAAGUAUUAUUGAUUUCUUCUUGUUGCGAGAGGAGCAAUUCCAUGAUAUGCAAAUGAAAAUCCAUGACGAACUCGCCUUGGACUCUGAUCACCACCUUUCCCAUGCUGAGUAUGUAGCAGCAAACCAAGAUCUGCGAACAGCAGUUUGGGUGGCACGACGACAAAUCUGGUACGAUUUCUGCGACAAAAUCCAAAAGGCUCCUUCAGAGAUGGUGAGCGCGUUAAAGAGAAUAAAGAUUUGGCGACGAUCUCCAAUUUCUCUGGCAUUUCCAGAAGGACCACUUACAGCUGCUAAUAACAUGAUCGACUACCUUGAGAAUGUUUUUGGUGGAUCUAUGGAAAUACAGACUGAACAGGCGGUUACACCAAUGGAGAGGGAAGUACCAUGGGACGUAGACCAAAUCCUGCAGAAGGCCCAAAAUACGUGUCUCCGGACAUGUAUUCGACGGCCCAAUGCAACGAAGGGAGUAGUUUAUAUCACUGCAUUAGCUGCUCUACCCAGCCUAUUCACCCGUUCCCAUGCUCUUCAAGCCAAAUUUCUUCGUCGUGCCAAAACACUACCCUCAGACUCCCUAAUCAAAGCUCUUACCACGCAGCUGGACCUUUCCAAAGAAAAAACGACAUGGGGUGAGCUUCGUCGUAGUAUACUCUGGAAAAAGGCCCAAUUUCUGAAAGAACAUCAACCUCGGUUGAAGGACCCAUUAAAAGAAGCUUAUGUUCUACUGUGCCAAAAAGAAAUCAACAUGCAGCUUGCGAGUGUGAACCGUCUGGUGAUCAUUGCUAGAGGCUUUUCAGAACGACGCCACCUAAUCAAAUGGCGAAUUGCUUGGCUACCACCUACACCAUCAGUUGAGUGCCAAUGUGGCGCUAUCAAGGGUAACCAAAACCACAUGCUCAUAUGCCCCGCCACAAUCACUCUCGUUCAAAAACUCUGGUCUUUGAUGGAUCCUGCUCCUCCCCCAGAGGUUCAUCUCAUCGACUAUGCUCUCAACUGUCUCCCCAGAUCUUUCAUAUCGCCUUGUAUGUGGUGCGAUUGGUGGCCGUGCUUGCUUGCCUUGCUACGUACUGUUGAUCAAACCACCUCAUCCUACAAACUGCCAGAAGAAAAAGCUCAUGGUCAAAUCCUCAUCGACCUUGCAGCAAAAUUCCGUGCCACAAAACCAACCCGUCCCCACCGCAUCCCGCCGCCCACCCAAGAACCUGUUCCUGGUGAUCCGUUCCCUCAUCUUCUAUCCGAAAUUUCCACCGUUCCUCAUCAACCCCCUCCAUAUGUGUCCGCCCAAAAUUGUGCCUAG